AUGAAUGUGGGGUCGAUAUUAAAUAACGACGGGCCUGUAGACGCUGGUUCUGUCACUGCCAAUUCCAGUGCGCUGAAUCUGCCUGUAGCUCGUCCCGGAGCUUCGGCAAGACCAGAACGACAUUCUAUUGUCAACUUGUUGAACGACGAUGAGAAAAGCGCAAAAAACAAGAACAUUUUGAACAAAAAAGAUGCCGAAAAGAAGCAACAUGAGACACCUAGCGGCUCUCUGGGUACACAGGACUUCAAUGGAGACUUCAGUACACAAAAAUCUAUAAAAAGCGACGAAAAUCAACGUGCCCAAAAUGCCCCGGUCGAUGAAUUGGCCCGUCUUCACAAGCUUAAAAGCCUGACAAAGCCCACACGGUACACCGUGCCUCCCAUUUGGGCACAGGAAUGGAAUCCAAGCAAAUCUGGAGCUCCAGAGCCUACUAUUCAAGGACCACCUGAUAUUAGCGGAACGUAUUUAUCUUCCAAACGGGUGUUUGACCCAACUAUAACCACCAGCGUUGAUCUCGAGUGCUCUAUAACAGGCGUAAUACCACCCGCUUCAGUUACCAGGACAGUGGCUGAAUGGGUAUAUGCAAAUUUCACCGAGAUUCCCAACGACCAAAGACAGAAUGUUGAGUUAGAAGCCAAAUUUGGACUUAUAGUUGACAAGCGAAGUGGCCGGCGGAUCGAUAUCAGCGUGGCUUCCGAGUGUAUUUUCACCGACAAGGCAAAUACUCAUUUUGACAUGGGUGUUCAUGAAGUUGGCUGGCGAGCCAUGUGCGAUUUUUUGGACGAACUCGAGCGGAAAUACCAGGAAGAGAACCGCAAAAGCAACACCAAGACAAAACACAAGUUUUCCCGACUAGAAUCCGACGUUACAGACCGGUUUUAUGAAAUUAGUGAACGCAAUUCGCAACCGAAAACCAUGAGAGUUUCCACCGAUGCUCUUCUGAAACGCCAGUGGGGCAUCAACAAGCAGAGACUCAGUGACUUGUACAUCCACAACCCGCUGUGUAUGCACGAUCUUCGGUUAUCUCUUCUGUAUGAACAUCCGAUUCCCGAGACCAGUCUAGAGUCGAUUGUCUCCAAAAACCAGCCUGUUCUUACCAGAGCCAAGAAACGGACUUCGUGGUCCCACCGGCCCACCGUGACCACGUUUGACCUUACAAAAGUACAGACACCUCGAGAACUGAAAAAUAUGAAAGGAAAGAAGAUUGUAGACCAAGACACCAGCUACGAAGUGGAACUCGAAGUGGAUACUCCAGAACUAUUUUCAGGCUACGAUUUGUUUAAGACCGGCGCAGAUACCAUUCGGUUUGAGGAAUUGAUAGAGAUUUUCCUCAACAAUGCCCGGUGCCUAAAUAAUCGGGUUACCAAGAUGGCCAACAAGUAG